UCGUUCGGUCGUUCUAACGGUAGUAUCCAGCCAGCCGCAUAGCUUUGGCCCAGUGUAAAGACAAUUCACCCACACAUAUACAGCCACACAAACAGCCAGCUCUCAUACAUAUGCACGUGCUGUGUGUGUGUGUGCUUUAGGUGCGACAACGAGCUGAAAGUAAAAGUUAUUCAAUGUGCAAUGUGUGAUUUUAAAGCAUUUUGAAAGGCGAACAAAGUUUAACAUUAUGUUUAACAAUUGAAAUAGGAAAUUCAACUAAACCGCGACAAUUACAACAACAUUAGCCACGCACAGGUGUAACAUUCGCAACUAUAAAAAGCUGCUGUCGACAUAGAGUGCGAAGGGUCGAAGGACGAAGGGUCGAAGGACGAAGGACGAGGGACGAGGGACAAUCGCAAUCAGAACGCUGCGCCGGCCGGCGGCGGCCGCUAAUGAAGAUGAAGUGAUACCCAGUGAUAUCGUGUUAAAGUAGAAUUAAAUAGAAUAUAAAUCGCUGGAAAAAUGACAGCGAUUUCUCAGCACCAGCCGAGCAGAACAAAUGCUAAGUAGUUUGCCAGCACGGACUAGCGACAACAACAACAACGACAACAACAACAACAGCAACAAGGGCAACUCGAGCUUGAACCGGAACAGGAACAGGAAUCGCCCCAAGCAAGCCGGGCAAUUUGUAAGCCGGCUCGGCAAUUUCACGCAUCGCGGCGGUAUGGCAGGCGCUAAUAAGGCGACCAGCCACGCCCCCCACAAUUGUACAGUUGCCAAAAAGAUGCCCACUCUCAACUAGGUUCAAGUGCGCAACAACCAACAGCAACUGAGCGACAGACCAGCGCCCCACACAAGGAUCCACGAAGGACGACGUGAAAUAUUAUGGCAACUUUUCAAAUGGAAACGCGCCAGCAGCAAAAGCGGCAGCAAAAGCGGCAGCCGCAACAAACGAAUUUAAAACAACGACAAAGACAACGUUCCACAGAUCCAGAACCGGCAACGAAUUCGAAUUCGAAUCGGGCAGGCGAACGGGCAGGCGAACGGGCAGGGGAGACAUUCACAAAUUGCACACGGCUGUGGCCCACCUGCUCGACGGUCGCCGUGGAGUGCAGCAGCAGCAGCGGCAGCAGCAGCGGCAGCUGCCAGCGGGCCCUGAUAAUGCUCAGCAUGCUCGUGGUUGUCAUCGUUGUGAUAUCCGGCAAUGGCGUGCUCGCCGCGCAGCGUGACGCGUAUAAAUCAAAGGAUAUGAGCAGCAGCAAUAAUGCCAUACCGAAUGAAGGCGACGCAGCUGCUGCUGCUGCUGCUGCCGCUGCUGCUGCAGAUGGCAAUGGUGUUGCCGGAAGCGGAAGCAUGACCAGCACAACCAACAGCAACGGAAGCAACAGAAAUGGCCAUGCGACAGGCGCUGGCCAAUCCCUGACAACCGACAGCAGCUCCAGCUCCGGCUCCGGCUCCAGCUCCAGCUCCAGCUCCGGCUCCAGCUCCAAGUUGAACUCUGGCUCCAGCAUAUCAACAACAACGGCAAGAAGCGGCAUAGCCAGCAGUAGUCUGCACAGGGGCAACUCGAUCGCAUCGCUGGCCGCCGCCGCCGGCAUCAAUCGGAACAGCAUCGAUCUGGGCGAGGAUUCGCGCAGCAGUGGACCCUACUUCGACAGGAACGCCUCGAAGAAUGUCACCGCGCUGCUGGGCAAGACGGCCUACUUGAAUUGUCGCGUCAAGAAUCUGGGCAAUAAAACUAUGCUGCUGCAGGUCUCCUGGGUGCGGCAUCGGGACAUCCAUUUGCUGACAGUCGGCCGAUAUACGUACACAUCGGAUCAGCGCUUUCGGGCCAUACAUCAGCCCCAAACCGAGGACUGGAUGCUCCAAAUUAAAUACCCCCAGCACCGAGAUUCGGGCAUCUACGAGUGCCAAGUCUCAACCACGCCGCAUAUGAGCCACUACAUCCACUUGACUGUUGUCGAGCCCUCAACGGAAAUAAUCGGCGCACCCGAUUUGUAUAUAGAAAGCGGCUCGACCAUAAAUCUCACCUGUGUCAUACUCAACUCACCGGAGCCGCCGGCCUAUAUCUUCUGGAAUCACAACAACGCUAUAAUCAACUAUGAUUCGCCUCGGGGCGGCGUUUCGGUAGUCACCAACAAAGGUGAGACGACGACUUCGUUCCUUCUGAUUAAAUCAGCGCGUCCAUCCGACUCCGGGCAUUAUCAAUGUAAUCCAUCAAAUGCAAAGCCCAAAAGCGUAACGGUACACGUGCUGAAUGGUGUUUCUCAUUCCGUUUCCAGGGGAGUUCCCAGCAGCAAUGCAGCACGCGGCACCAGCACAUCCUCCCAUGUCUCCAAGUCGCUAUCUCUUAGUGUACCUGUUUAUAUGCUACUGCAGUUUGGCAUUUGUCAGGCACUCCAUGCGGCCCUCCGUGCUGCAGCCGCGGCAGCGAAGUCGACCCUGCAGUUUCGACGCAGCAGCAGAUGCACCCGACGAGGCAGCGGCAAUGUGGCGGUAUCUGGGUUGGGACACAUCCUCCAGUGUAUUUUAAGCCUGCUCUACUCGCUGCUGAGCGUCACAUGGCGCUGGCAUUGGCGGGGGCGUGGCCCCCCACAACAGCAACAACUGCAACAAUCAUCAACAGCAGCUGCAGGUGCAACUGCAACUGCAACUGCAAUUGCAACAACAACGGCAACGUUUAGGCAAGUAUAUGAGGCAGACAUAAGGUGAGCAGCAGCCAUUCAGAAUGAAAACGAAAGUAAAUAUAUAUAAAAAGAACAACACUCUCUUAGACUCUAGACUAAUACUAUAAAGUAAAUUCACACACAUACAUAUACAUACACUUAUAUGAUAACAACUUAGCCUAACUAUCUCAAAUAUACACACACACACACACACACACACACACAAACACGACUACAUACAUAAGCUGUAACUAUAUAAUAGUAACUACUAUGUAUAAUCGAUUGGCUAUUCCGUUUUUCUAUGAUCCCGUGACGUAUACGUAAUAAUUAACCCAAAAAAGAAAGCAAAGAAUGGAAAAACCAAAUACAGAGCCAAGUUGUCGCCUUUUCAAGUACAACUUUGUAUCAUAUGGACAAACGGUUGGUUCUGUUGUCUAAGUUUUAGUUUCGAAUCUUGUAAAUAGGCAGAAUCGCGCUUCUCAGCCCGCUAGUUGAGUGACGAAGUAUUUGAAUUAUCUUUCAGGGAAUUUCCCCCAAACGACAACUUCAUAACUUUUUGAUACAUAACAUUAAUAUAUAUAUGGAUGUGAGUGCAAUAGCAAAAGAACAUUCGCUAGAGACUUUAACGACACGAACACUGCUCAAAACCUCCUAAACAUUUUCAAAACAAAUAUGAAAAACAAUGGGAAAACAAGCUAAAUGUUAAAAUAAAAGCUACAAGUGUUUAGCGCUUUUCCAGAUGCCAUACUGUGACUAUUCCCAAUGCAAAAACUUAUUUUAUAAACUCAAAGAGGCGUCAAAAUAAAUGUUUAACGGCAAGAAACUCAACACACAUUAAGCAACAAAAUGAAAAAGAAAAACAAA